GCCGUGAAAGCCUUGCCCCUUUUCAACCACAAUGGAGUCUAGAGAGAUUUACUCCCCUACUACUAAUUCUUACCUUUAAAUUAAUUCGGGUUAUAUUCAGCCUAUAUUUCCCGUUCAUUGCCAACAGCGAUUUGACAUAAUUGUGGCUCAAUUGCUGCAAAGAUUGCAGCUUCUAAUAGCAUAUAUUUGUUCUUAGCUGGCUUCAAUCAGGAAAUUGUUUCAGGCUAUGUAGCACUAAUCUCAUUUUGUCAUUCAAACGCUGCAUUUUUGUUUGGUGAAAAACGACCAACCAAAUUAAGGCAUGACUGAGUAUAAGCUUGUUGUGGUGGGUGCUGGAGGUGUUGGGAAGAGUGCCUUAACUAUCCAGCUCAUCCAGAAUCACUUUGUGGAUGAAUAUGACCCCACCAUCGAGGACUCGUACAGGAAGCAGGUGGUGAUUGACGGAGAGACGUGUCUGCUGGACAUCCUUGACACUGCAGGUCAAGAGGAGUACAGCGCCAUGAGGGACCAGUACAUGAGGACAGGGGAAGGCUUCCUCUGUGUGUUCGCCAUCAACAACAUCAAGUCCUUUGAGGACGUUCACCUGUACAGAGAACAGAUCAACAGGGUGAAGGACAGUGACAGUGUGCCUAUGGUGCUGGUGGGGAACAAGAGUGACCUGGGGAGUCGGAGCGUGGAGAGCAGGCAGGCUCAGGAGCUGGCCCGCGGCUAUGGUGUGCCCUUCGUGGAGACCUCUGCCAAAACCAGACAGGGAGUGGAGGAGGCGUUCUACUCUCUAGUCAGGGAGAUCAGGAGGUAUAAGGAAACCAACCGCAGCAACAAGAAGAGCAAGAAAAGCACUCAGAGACGUUGCACCAUUCUAUAACACCACACACACGCUGCACAUAGCCCAAUAACCCCCUCACACACUGCACAUAGCCCAAUAACACCCUCACGCGCUGCACAUAGCCCAAUAACCCCCUCACACGCUGCACAUAGCCCAAUAACCCCCUCACACGCUGCACAUAGCCCAAUAACCCCCUCACACGCUGCACAUAGCCCAAUAACCCCCUCACACGCUGCACAUAGCCCAAUAACCCCCUCACACGCUGCACAUAGCCCAAUAACCCCCUCACACGCUGCACAUAGCCCAAUUACCCCCUCACACGCUGCACAUAGCCCAAUAACCCCCUCACACGCUGCACAUAGCCCAAUAACCCCCUCACACGCUGCACAUAGCCCAAUAACCCCUCACACGCUGCACAUAGCCCAAUAACCCCCUCACACGCUGCACAUAGCCCAAUUACCCCCUCACACGCUGCACAUAGCCCAAUUACCCCCUCACACGCUGCACAUAGCCCAAUAACCCCCUCACACGCUGCACAUAGCCCAAUAACCCCCUCACACGCUGCACAUAGCCCAAUAACCCCUCACACGCUGCACAUAGCCCAAUAACCCCCUCACACGCUGCACAUAGCCCAAUAACCCCCUCACACGCUGCACAUAGCCCAAUAACCCCCUCACACGCUGCACAUAGCCCAAUAACCCCCUCACACGCUGCCGCUCGUAUUGACAGGGGAUCUGGAAUGGUGAACGCAUCAAGUUCCACUUUCAGUCAUUAGUGUCGUCACCGUAGUAACGGAAACUUCACUUCCUGUUGCUUGUCAUUGGCUGCACCAUUAGCAUUGUGACUUCAGUUUAUCCACGUUGUUUUCUGACAAUUGUAACAAGAAACUAGAAGUUGUAGCGUUGAAGAGGGGAUUUAUAGACUGGGUUUAAAUAUGAACGUCACUUUACUGCCCCUAGUGGUAAACAUCUGAGCGGAGUAAUUCAUUGAUUAAUUAAUGACGCAAGUCGCAUAGCUACACAUUGUAAGUGAUCAUCUUGUUUAUUUUUUCACCAUGUUGGGAAAAAUUUUUUUUUCUUCGUUUUUUUUUUCUUUGCCAACGUGUUCUGCAUUGCAAGAAGCCAGUGUAGGCUAGCUUUUCUUGCAUUCCAAGGUAGUUUUCUCUUCAGUAUUUACACACAGAAGUGUCUCUCUGUUAUUGUCUUUUAAACGCCUCAGCAAUGUUGUAAUAGAGAAGGUAUUUUGGUCCUCACUAGCCUCAAUCUCUCAUUUUCUGUAUUUUUUUAAAUCCAAUCACAGAGUUGAAGGCCACAACUCACUAUUGUGUCAUUAGGCAGCGUUUACACGGGCAGCUCAAUUCUGUUUUUUUUUUUUUUUUUUCAAUUAUUGGCAAAGAGCUGAUCUGAUUGGUCAAAAGACCAGUUAGUGAGGAAAAUAUCAGAAUUAGGCUGCCUGUGUGAACACGGCCUUAUACUGUUGCCAUUUCUAUAGGAUCAUGUCCAAUUAUUUAGGCUCGCUGUUCAGUGUACUACUAGCUUGAGUUCCAUUUAUACAGUAAAGUUGUGCACGUGAACAUGUCUAUUGUGAAUUCUGAUCGCCAGACUCCAUUUUGAUGUCUGUCGUGUGGUAUUAUUUCAGAUACAGAUUCUGGAUGUGUCCCAAUGUCCAUGCUAGCAUACUCCUUGGUGCAUGCCCAAAAGUUUCAUGCUAAGUGGCAUGGUGGUUUAGUGGUCAAGAAUUUGAGCUGAAUGAUUCCAAAACUCAAUUGGCCUUUGCAAAUGAGUUAUGUGUCAUUUGCUAAUAUCUCUAGCUUUACAUUCUUAAUAACUGAAACCAGGGACUUUUCCCCAAGAGGUUGAAAUAGAACGUGUCAGAGAAAACGGGAUUCUCUUAUGUGGAGAUCGAAACAGCGUUCAUUCUAUACGAUGUAGUUCAAUCUGCAACAUUUUAAUUAUUUCAGUCCACAGGUAUCUGAAGUGUUAGACAAGGGAAUCGGGGGACAAAAACAGUUAUUUACACACACUGAAAGGUGUCAGACCAACACUGCGUGAAAACAUGGUGUUUUAUUGGUUGGAAUUAUGCUAAAUGUGGUCAUUGGACACUUUCUAGUGUCAUCCCAAAUGACUGAUGUAAUAUGUGGGCUGAGAGGUGAACCCACAAUGACCCUGGUGUUGCCAGCAGGAUGAGCUAACUCAACCUCUAGGAUGAAUCCCCCUGAAGUUUCAGUGGUUAGUGAGUGUAACCUAUAGGUGUCUUAUGGUAGUGUUACUUUGCCCAGGCCGGUGCAGCAAUACCAAUGUUCUAAUAGUGUUACUCAACUCUCCGGGAGUGUAGUCUUGCAGGCCCCUCACCCCCUGUUGCACAUAUUUGUUAUAGCCCAGCACUAACACACUUGACGCAACUGCUCAAGAGCUUGUUGAUCAUUGCAGCAGGUGUGCUAUUGUAGUGCUGGACUAAAGUAAAGGAUUGUGCAACCCUUAGGGCCUCAAACUAAACUCUGGACCUUAAAACCAGUUCUACUGCAACUUUUCAUUGUUGCCCUCUAAUCAGGGACUGAUUUAGACCUGGGACACCAGGUGGGUGCAACUAAUUCAGGUAGAACAGAAACCCAGCAGGCUCUGGACCUCGUAGGGUAAGAGUUGAGUACCCCCUGCCCUAGGGGGACCUGUGACAGGAGUUGAGCAACACUGCUAGAAUACAUUCCACUUUGAGAGACUAGACAGCAUACCGCCAGUUUACUGAGUUGUACCACUCCUUCAUACCACUGGUCUAGUCACUUUCAGGUUGUUUCAUGAAUAAAGUGGCUUUUGGCUA